AUGUUUUCAGAACAAAAAUCAAAAUCUAAAUCGAUUUCGUUCUACAAAGCAAAUACUUUCUUUUUCAGCCAUACCGAUGGCUCGUCGGUUUUAUUUUCGUUUUCAUCAUUCGAUUGGGGUACCGGUGUUUUAUUGAUAGUGGCAAAUGUGCUGUGUGACGGUACGCGUAUCAUUACUAUAAAAUCAUAUACACCGGAAUACCUUCUGGAAAUUAUUACGAAGUACAAAGUAACGAAUUUAACUGGCUCGCCCAACCAAUUUGGAGAUCUUUCACAAUUGCCGGGUUACACUGCGGAAGAAAUGUCCAGCAUGCGUAUAAUUAUAAUCAGAGGAUGUAAUGCUCUACCUUCUGUCCAGACUAAUGUAAGAGCAAAAUUAACUAACGGCAUUUUGGUGAACUCAUAUGGAACCUCAGAGAUUGGUGUCACCUCAUUGAAUUAUACCGAUUAUAAAGUCGAUACUGUUAGCCGUUUAUGGGGUGGUGUGCAGCUGAAGAUAAAGGAUUAAGUGUCAGGUGAUGUUCAGAAAUUAAUGGGUCCGAAUGAAAAGGGGGGCACUCCUAUAAGUUGGUUGGGUUACCUUGUAAUCCAGAGACAACUGCUGAUAUUAUGGAUUCUGAUGGCUGGAUCAACACCGGUGAUAUCGUGUGUAUGGAAGAUGAAGGUUUUCGAUAUUUGGUUGAUCGCAGUAAGGAUAUUUUAAAAUAUAUGGAUAUUAAAAUAACGUUUUUAUAAAAAAAUAAAUAACGAUAAAUAUAAUUUAAUAUUUGCUAAUUUGUAACUUGAUUUUGAUUGGUCAGUUUGUACUGUAGCUAAAUGCCAUAGUGAACCAAUCUGCACAAUUUAUUAAAAGAUUCUACAAUAAUUUGUGCCAAAUUUUAUAAAGAUGUUACGAAAAAUCCGUAAGUUUUCCAUGC